CGCGGAAUAUUGACUUGCGCCGUAAACUGUGACGCAUGCGUGGUAAAGAUUGGGCGAGGGUCGUGGAUGGGGAAUCACAACGAUCAGCGAUACACUGAUUUAUAGACUACAUAGAUCUGUGUAGACUAUGGGCUGUUGGAAGUUGGUGCGAUUCGAAUAGAUUGAAUGUCACCACUGCAGGUGGUUCCAUGUGAUGUGCCUUUCCAUGUCAUUGAAGCAGUUCAACAGGGCUCAGAAAGUUGACUGGAAAUGCUAUUCACACUAUGGGGGGUCAGUUGUCCUUUGAGGAGAAGGUCCAUGUGGUGAUUGUUGGUGGUGGGUUUGGUGGUAUUGCAGCUGCCCAGCAUCUCAAAAGUCACGGGGUACCCUUUAUGUUGAUUAACCCAUUAGACGCCUUUCAUCACAAUGUUGCAUCACUGCGUGCUUCAGUUCAAAGUGGCUUUGCCAAGCAAACCUUUAUUCCGUUCAAAAGAACAUUUGGACUGAAUUUCCUUCAGGGGCGUGUGAUACGAAUAGACACUACAGAAAAAAUUGUUGUGCUUGACAAUGGAAAGGAAGUAAGUUAUUCACACCUCAUCCUCUGCACUGGGUCAGAUGGACCUUUUCCUGGGAAAUGCAACAUUGUGGAUUCCUACCAGAAAGCAAUUGUGAAGUAUGAAGAUAUCGUUAAAGAGGUCCAGGCAGCUGACUCAGUGCUUGUGAUUGGGGGUGGAGCCACCGGGGUGGAAAUGGCUGCUGAAAUCAGGACAGAAUAUCCAAACACGAAGGUAAUUCUUAUUCACUCACGUGAUGCCCUAGCUGAUUCAGAGCUGCUCCCCAGUGUAAGAGAAGAGGCCAGACAGGUACUGCUGGAGAAGGGAGUGGAAUUAUUUCUAGGACAGAAAGUUUUAAACCUUGAUGAGCUGACACUGAAUGUGACCCUGAAGGGCAGCGUGAUCAAGACAGAUAAGAAUGAGCAGUUCACCGUUGACCUUGUUAUUUGCUGUACAGGGAUCAAGAUCAAUUCAGAUGCAUACAGGUCCAGUUUAGGUGGGUGUCUGGCACAGAACGGUGCCCUGAAAGUGAAUAAACACAUGCAGGUGGAGGGCUUUGACAACAUAUAUGCUGUUGGGGACUGUGCUAAUGUGAAUGAACCUAAGAUGGCCUAUCAUGCUGGUCUUCAUGCCGGGGUGGCUGUGAGAAAUAUUAUUAACAGCCUGACUGGAAAAGCAUUGACAUCAUACAACACAGGAAAUGUGUCAAUGCUAUUGGCUAUGGGCAGAGAUGACGGUGUGGGUCAGUUUAAUGGUUAUAAACUACCACGCUUCAUAGUCACCAAGGGAAAGAGUCAGAGUCUACUGCUCUGGAAGAGCUGGAAGGAAAUGGGACAGAAAGCCCCCAGCUAGUUAGUAGCCACAGGCCUUAUUGUUGUGCCAUACACAAACUAGAUUAACCCAGUUCUGAGAGCUUGCAUUAUGAUGUGUAAUGGGGGCAUGGGAGAUAAAUAUUUAAUAAAGCCAAUUGUACAUUUCUGGCUGUAUAACAGGUAAAACACUUUUAAAUCCAGAUGAGUCACUGUUGGAAAAUGCAAUGAAAAACAAUGGUUGUUUUUACUGUUUUAUUAAUUUACAUCCACUUGUUAAGUUUUCACAUGCAAUCCCCUCUGAAUUUCCCGACACACUGAAGAUAAUUGGAUUUGAGAUCAAAAAUGAAUCCAACAUCAUUUGAAAAAUGUAUGGAUUCAAACAGGUCCCAUGUUCUGAGGUGUUUGACACAUCUAGAUGUAAAUAUCAGGAAUGAAAGCUGAAAUUCUGAUCUAUCAUCUCAUAUUCAUCUUUUGAAUUCAUCUAUCCAUUAAAGAAAAAUACAAUUCUUUUAAUAGUUGCAGUCUAAUGUAUUUAAUGUUUUCUGUGGUUGUUUUUUUUAGUACUUUCUCCAUGGAAGAGGGAAAGUAAAUGUCGUAUGGCUUUUCCCUUUGUCUCUAAACCUAAAGCUACUGUCCACUCUUCAUAGCACAUGGCUGGUUACUGGAGAUAAUUUGUCUCUUAAAUAAUAAUUAUAUUUCUCACAAAAUAAAGUGCUCUUUUAUUAUUAAUGGUAUACAGACCAUGACCUAGAAAAGUUCUAAGCACAACCUCAAGCAACCAAGUGUUUAUUGUGUCUAACAUAAUUUACAGUGAAAAGUGCACAUUUAGUGUAAAACACAAGAUCAGUUUAAAUUAAAGAUCAAUAUGAGUCAAUAAGAUCAACAUAAAAUCAGUGUAAAUGAUUGACUCAAAUGAUGUAACCUUAUCCAUUACUUAUGCUCUUGAUAACUUUAGUGGGAAAAAAUCAUGCUAAUGUCACCUCUAGAUGGUGACAAAAGUAAACCACAAAAUUGAAUUGGGUUUGAUCCACCCAAACUAGUGGAAAAGAAUUUAUGGACAGUUUACUAUGUGAGAGGAGGUACGUUUAAUGGCAACAUACUGUUACUGAAUUAGAUUUAGUGAAUACAAAAUCUGUGCAAAUUAAUUAUGCUAAUAUAAUUAUUCUACACCCUUUUUUUUAAAUAUAAGGUUCCUUAAGGACUCUUUGGACGGUUGAGUUUGCUUCCUAAAGGAGAACCUUCAUAGAACCUUUUAAAGUUCCCCCAGUGGGGCAAGGUAAAUAAACUUUCAGGGUUGUAAAUUUAACCUUUUGUUGAGUCUGUGUAAUAAAAGUAUCUAUUAUUGUGUGUGCCUGUAGUCUCACCAGGAAAAAUCCCUGAAUUCUUAUUGAAUAUUAACGUGAAGGACCUCAUAUAGCUUCUGCUGUUGACACGAUUGUAGCGCAAGAUUUUAUUGUUGCAAUACUGUAAGAAUUUAUAGAAUGUCCUGUUGUGUCUUCCUUGAUCUUACCAUGAAAAUAGCCAUUGAUGUUGACCUAGCAUUAAAAGAACAAUAAAUAAAUUAAUGUGUGUGCCUGUAUAUAUGAAAGUCCAUUAAUCCUGGGAUCUGUUCCAGAAAAAAAGGGGACAAAAUCUUGCAUUCAGUCUUUAUGCCUGAGUUAGCCUAAUUUAAUUCAGUUUAAUUUGUAUACUGUUUUUAAGAUUGGAUGUUGUCACAAAGCAGCUUUAAGGAAAUCCGGACAUACAAUUUAAUUUUACAUUGUAAUUUUGUGUCUGUUUAAUUGUUGGUUCUACAAAAUCUGAUAACAGCGAGCUAACAUAAUUUUGGAGUGCCUUCAGGAUCAUGUGCAUUCAUGCAUGGAGUUUUGAGUGAUUUUUUUUUUGUUUUGAGUUUCCUUAUAUCACAGUAUCCACAGCCCCAGCUAUUGAGACUAUGAACAGAUGACAUCAAGGUUAUAUGUAUUACUCUUAAAGUCAUGGACAAUGGAAAUGGGGAAAAAUUGAGUGCCAGUAGAAAUGGCAGCCAUUUUACAUAGGGUAUUCAAUAUGAAAUAAUGUCUUAUGA